AUGUCUGGCUUGUGUCAUCUGCACUACGUCCCUGAGAGUCAAGGCCUGACUCUCGAUAUUUGGUCCGCCUACAAGUCUGUCGCGGAGACGACUUUGUGUGAGUGGGCAUGCAUACUGCAGCUUGGCCUUUAUGCUGCAGUGAUCUGGUACCUGUACUCAAGUCUGAAGUAUCGGAACGAUUCUGUUCUGUUCCGAGGCCUCGACGAUGAAUACAUCCAACCUGAUCAACAUUUGAAACGGAAAUGUCAGUCAUGGAAACAGUCUAUACCCAGAUGGGGUUUGCGCCCCUCUGGAGUACUUUAUGCCCUCGUGGCACCACCGUCCAUGCCCAGAGUAGGGUGUCGCCCAUCUGGAGUACUUUUUGCCCAUGGAGAGGCAUAUGUCAAUGUACAUCAACCAAGAAGAAUGUAUGUGGAGUUGCCAUCAGUUGAAAAGCCGCGUAGGAAGAUCACUGUGGAACUGCCGUCAGCGUACCCGUGGUGGUGCGGCAUUCGUCGAUAUCGUUACCCGCGUCAGUACCAUCUGAGACUUCGUAUCGCGCGCGUCAAAGGAGAUCCUAGGAAAAUACUCCGGCGACAACGGAAGGAAGGGGUUCGAGAGCAGAAGCAGGAAAGGAAGCGCCAAGAGAGGCGCCGCAAGGAAGAUUAUGAGAGCCGACGUCCUGAACGGCGCCGAAAGGGUGCUGCACAGGGUCGAAAGAAAACAAGGUUUCGUUUACUGAAGAAGUUAGUUCGCGCCAAGAGCCCUAAGGAGCAAGAUGUUCUCCAGAGGGAGCUGAAGAGUCUCAAGGAAGAGGAUUUCUGGGGAGAUUACGACGUCAAGCAACCUAGUCACUGGGAAAGUCCAAGCGAUGAGGAGUUGUUAGAAGACUACGAGCGGACCAAGAACCGAUAUUUGCACCACUCUUACCUCCAGUACGAAUCGCAGUAUGGGGUUGUUCUCGACGAGCUUCUUGCGGAUUUUCGUCCUAAUACCAAGCAUCACGCAAUGAAGGAUGUCCUCAGUUCGACAUUCCUUCAACCCGUUUCAUCCCUGCCAAGAGUCACUCAAGCACUUAUUGCAGCAGACGACCUCGUGUCCGAUGUGUCCUGUGCUGAUCGACUUCGCAGCGUCUACAUCAAUGUUGAUUCCAAGGGCGAACUACCAAUCGUCAUCGAUACCGGAGCAUCUUUCUCUCUGACUCCGAAUCUAGAAGAUUUUGUCACCAAGCCGAUUGCUUGUGGGACAAAAAGUCUGAAUGGUUUGUCCUCCAUAACUCCUGUGCUGGGUAUUGGAGAGGUGGAAUGGAAGAUCAGAGAUAUGCAUGGGACCAUCAAGUCGAUUCGCGUCAGUGCUUACUACGUUCCAGACACCAACAUCAGAUUGCUCUCGCCGCAGUCCUACUUUCAAGAGCACGGCAAGGGUGAGGUCUGUUUCGAUAGUUUUCAAGUCAAGAUGACGUUGCCUGAUGGCGACACCCUGUUCUUUCCGUACCAAGCGGGCAACAACCUGCCCAUGAUGCUUACGGCGAAUCGUCUUGUAGACGAGGCUGCACAUAUUAUCACCGACGAAGAAGAAGAAUUUUUGCCGGAAGACAUGAGCGUUUUUCUGAACGUUGCUCAUGAAAACAAUGCGAAUCUUACCAAGGCUGAGAAGAAGUUGCUUCUCUGGCAUGCGAAGACAGGUCACGCGAAUAUGAACUGGCUUCUGAAACUCUGCAAGUGGACCAAGACGGAGGGACAUCCAGUGAUGGGACCUUUACCUGCCAAGAAAGACGAGUUCAAGUCUUGCAAAAGUCCCAAGUGUGCUGUCUGUCAACUUGCGAAACAGCGUCGCCGCAGUCCACGAUCCGAUGCUGCUCAACAACAACCUGGCUCGAAGACGGGCAAACAACGAAAAGAAAAGGAAAUGAUGGUCGAUAACCUCAAGCCAGGCGACAAGGUCUCGAUUGACCAAUAUCUCUCGGCUGUCCCUGGUCGACUUGCGCAUACUUUUGGCGAGGAGAAGACUUCCAAGCAAUAUGUUGGCGGGACCCUGUUCGUGGACCAUGCCACCGGUUUCGUCCACGCGAAACACCAGACUUCGACUGGCACGAGAGAGACAGUCAAGAGCAAACAUUCGUUUGAGAGUGAAGUUGGUGAAUACGGACACAAGGUCAAGUCUUACCGUGCUGACAACCACCCUUUCAGCUCGAAAGGAUUCUUGGAUGAUAUCGAGUCGCACAAGCAGACUAUUGAUUACUCUGCAGUCGGAGCUAAACAUCAGAAUGGAGUUGCCGAAAGAGCAAUCCAAACUAUCACCACCUGGGCUCGUGCCAUGCUUCUUCAUCAAAUGUUGCAUUGGCCAGACGAAGCCGAUCACAAGUUGUGGCCUUUUGCUAUGGAUCAUGCAGUCUAUUUGUGGAACCAUCUACCACGCGAAGAUACCAAGCAAGCGCCAAUCGAGCUCAUGGGAGGGGCUAAGAUCGACCAUCACCAAUGGUUCAAACGUCUCCAUGUCUGGGGAUCACCGGUGUAUGUGUUGGAUCCGAGAUUGCAGGACGGGAAGAAGAUUCCAAAAUGGGAUGUUCGGGCGCGGCGUGGCAUGUAUGUCGGCGUUUCCCCAACUCAUUCUUCACUUGUGAGCCGUGUCUUGAAUCUCCAGACAGGCUAUGUCAGUCCGCAGUAUCAUGUUGUGAUUGAUGACCUUUUCACGACAGUUCCAAAUGCCGAUCAAGGAGGUCUGUUUGAUGUUGCCGAGUUUGAUGCAACGACUUGGCAGAGUCUCGUGGAAACUGGUUACGAAAAGCAUUUGGACGAGGAGGGAUUGGCGAGUGGAAGUCGCCAUGAUCGCAGAAAACGUCCUACUUUGGCGAACGAAUGGCUCAAUCCCGUUGAGAAACGUGCUCGCAAGUCGCGCCGGGCGGCUCGCGAGGCGCGUUUACGUCAGCGAAUCGCCGAAGAGCGUCGUCAUCGCGCUGCACGCAACCGACAUGUCACUUUUGAAGUUCCAGAGGGAGGAAAUAUUGACGCUGAAGACAAACCCGCAUCUGCGCCGCCCAAUCCUCCAAGUCACGAUGAUUUGAACGACGACGAUUCCGAUGGAGAACCAGCGAUUCAUUCAGACGACGAGCAGUCUGUGGUUGAAGGUCAUGAGGCCGAAGAUGAAGAUCCAGGAGAGGAGUCGGAAUCAGAGGGAGCUGCUGCUCCAUCACUACCGACAUCACGUGUUCGCAAGAAAAACCCCAAGUACUUCGGGGAUGACUUUGCAAAUGUUGCCGAGCUAGGCAAGAAGAAGAUCCGACAUUCUGCCUUGGAUCGACAAUUCUUUGCUAAUUUGAAGUGGGCGGAGGCCAUCAACACUAUCAAGGGCGACAACUUUGGUCGAAUGUGGCGAGCCGCAUGUGAGCCGUACCACGACCACGACACGGGGCUCCAGGACGACCUGCAUCCCAUGAUUCUCGCUGCGAAAGCAAACAGUGAAGACAACCCAAACUGGAAUGAAGCAAUGAAUGGACCUCUACGACAAGGGUAUUGGAAGGCAGCGGAAGACGAAAUUGAGGCUCUCAAGAAGAAGGAGUCCUGGGAUGUCGUUGAUCGCACUGAAGGCAUGAAUGUUCUACCUUCCACGUGGGCGUUCAAGUGCAAAAGGUACCCGGACGGAAGUGUCCGAAAACUCAAGGCAAGAUUUUGUGUUCGUGGCGAUCGACAAAUCCAAGACGUCGACUUCCACGAAACAUGGGCACCUGUGGUCAACUGGAACACAGUGCGCCUCAUGCUGAUUCUUUCUCAAGUCCUUGGCCUCUCUACGAAGCAAGUUGAUUACACUACGGCGUUCCUACAUGCGCCAAUCGAGGAAGAAGUCUAUGUCGCGAUGCCUCGCGGGUUCUCGGAACCCAACAAGGUAUUGAAACUCAAACGAUGUCUCUAUGGAUUAAAACAAAGCCCCAGAAAUUUCUUUCAAUUCCUGCAGUCUAAUUUGGAGGACAUUGGAUUCGAGCCUCAAACCGAAGUCGAUCCAUGUCUUUUCAUCUCGAAAAACUGCAUCUGUCUUGUCUAUGUUGAUGACACUUUGUUCUUCUCACCUGAACAGAAGUAUAUCGAUGAAGCCAUCGCCAAGCUGAGAGAAAAAGGAAUGGAGCUAGAAGAAGAGGCGUCUGUUGCUGGUUUUCUGGGCGUACACAUCGAACGCAAUGAAGAAACUGGAGCUAUCACCUUGACUCAGAAAGGUCUGAUCAAGCGUAUUGUCGAUGCUCUUGGUGUCCAGAAGACAUCACCUACACCAGCUCACGUUGAUCCAUUGGCGAUCGAUGCGGAGGGAGAUCUACCUGAUGGUUUGUACAACUACGCCUCAGUUGUUGGAAUGCUCCUGUAUCUGUCUGGACACAGUCGUCCAGAUAUUUGUUUUGCAGUUUCUCAAGUCGCACGAUUCAUCCACGGGAAUCGACGCAGUCACGAAGUAGCGAUCGAACGAAUCGGACAGUAUUUGAAGGGCACGAUGGACAUAGGUUUGAUCCUUACUCCAAGAGAGGACUUUGAUAUUGACUGCUACGUCGAUGCUGACUUCGCGGGUCUAUGGAACGUCGAGGAACAUACGAAUCCCGAGUCUGUACGAAGCAGAGCAGGAUAUGCAAUCUGUAUCUGUGGCUGUCCAAUCAUUUGGAAGAGUCAAUUGAUGCGACCUAUUGCAGCUUCUACUAUGGAAGCGGAGUAUAAUGCUCUCGCUUUAUCUAUGAGGGACGUGCUACCCUUGCAGGAACUAUUCAAGACGAUUGGCCACGCUGUUGGAAUCGGCAAGGAGUUCUGCACUCAAUUCAGCACAACUAUUCAUGAAGACAACCAAGGUGCCCAGAAGUUGGCAUGUAUGGAACCAGGCCAUCAUACUCCAAGGUCGAAGAGUUUUUGGGUCCGGUCCCAUUGGUUUCGGCAGUACUUGAAGCCGACACGCACUAAAGUGGUCUACAUCAAAACCAACCUACAGAAGGCUGAUAUACUUACCAAAGGUCUUACCAAGGACAAGUUUCUUCGAUGCAGAAAGCUACUCUGCGGCUGGUAA